GUGAGCUGUUCGUUGGGAGAGAUCGUAUAUAAGAUGAUGUAUACACGUUGACGAUACUCAUUCGGCUUCUUUUGGCAGUCAACGACAACACAAUUUUUUUUAUAUUUUUUAGUUCCCUCUAAGGAAUUAUGCAGUUAUCUACUUUAGUGCUCAUUUUGGGCACCUUAUCCAUCAAAGGAUCCCUUGCAAAUUGGGAUGAAUGGGGUCAUGUUGAAUAUGCUCGUCCAGUUAAAAUCAUCGUUAAACAUGUAGCUAAACACAUUCCUAUUCCAAAACCUUAUCCAGUUAUCAAGAAAGUUCCAGUGCCCAAGGCUUACCCAGUUUUUAAACCUCUUCCAGUGGCUAAGUUUGUCCCUAAACACGUUAUCGUGCCCGUUGUCAAACACGUCUACGCUCCAUACCCAGUACUUAAACCAUUCCCAGUGGCCAAGCCAAUUCCAGUACCAAAACCUUACCCAAUCCCAUACCCAGUCAAGGUUCCAAAGCCAUACAUUGUCCACGUACCUAAGCCCGUAGCUGUACAUAAGCCUUAUCCAGUUCCAGUUCCAGUUAGAGUUCCCAAACCAUAUGUUGUACCAAUCAUUAAACACGUACCAGUUCCAGUACCUAAGCCAGUUCACAAGAUUAUCCCAGUUAUCAAGGAAAAGCCAUACUUCGUCAAGAAAAAGAUCCCAAUCCUCAUUGAACAUCAUUACAAAGAAGUCCACAAACCAUUGAAACAUUGGUGGUAACCUGUUAUU